GCUUAAUGUGGUUGUAAUUAUCUUUAUAAAAAAAAAAUGACAUCCUUUUUAGCUUGUAGUAAAAGGGAAUUGAACUGUAACAUUUAUCUCAGUGGUUCAAAAUUAAACAAGGAACGAAAAAACAUAUUUAUCAGGAUUUGAUAGUAUAACAAUUUACGAUUGUACAGCUGUACAUGAAGUGUCUUGCUCUUUACGAUAGCAUUUUCUGUUGAUCAAGUAUGGAAUUUUAUGCGGGUAGUCCAUUGGUAUUAUACGUUUGGAUUUAUUUAAUACAUUAUGUUGCAAGUUAUGACCAGCUCGUGAAUACAACAAAAACGAAAGUGGAAAGCAGUUCUACGUAUACGUAUGGUACUUACUCUGGAUCUGCUGACAAAACCAUUGACAAAAAUUUCGAUCAAGAUUAUAGAAACUGCAUGCACACAGCCCCAGGGCGGAAAAGGGCCUGGUUAAGAAUUGACCUCGGAGACUACUUCAAUUUAAAAAGCGUUAAAAUAUGGUACAGGAGCGACAAGAAUAGGAGAACAGAUCAUAAUACGAAGAGACUCAAAGGAUUUUCCAUUUUUGCGUCUUAUACGCCAAACGUAGAUAAAAAGUACAUAUGUUAUCAAGACCCAGGGAAUAAGACACUUCAUACGGUGCUUGAAGUGGACUGUACUCGUAUAGCGCGUUAUGUAACGAUUUUUAAUGAUAAAAUUAAUGACCCAGUUGGUGUAUUUCUGGAGAUCUGUGAAGUGGAGAUUUACGGUUGCCCACGUCAUGAAUAUGGCGAAAAGUGUGCUCGAUGUGAUAUGUGUAAAUAUGAAUGCGACAUAACGGGACGGUGUGAUACACAAGGUUGUAAAGAGGGAUAUCUUCCACCAUUUUGCAAAGUGUGUAGUCCUGGGAGAUAUGGCGAAGACUGCAAAGGGGUAUGUGGUCAUUGUGAAAGAAAUGAGGCAUGCCCUAAUAUCAAUGAAUCCUGUCCUGGAUUAUGUAAACCUAGAUAUUACAUGGAGAAAUGUCCCACAAGGCAACUUGUAAAUCCCACAUUCACCUUGGCAAAUAGUAGUUCUGUUGGUUACAGAGGAUACCCAAACAAGACAGUGGAUGGAAACUUCAGUCAGAGUCACUAUUUGCACUGCAUGCAUACAUCUGGAAUAGGUACCGAGGCCUGGCUUCGAAUCAAUUUACGAAAAAUCUACAAUAUCAGUUCAGUCAAGUUUUGGUAUAGAAAUGACAGAAAAUACCCCGAAUCACCUAACACAAGAAGGAUACAAGGGUACAACAUCCGUCUAUCAAACACAACCCAAAUUAAACAUCAGGAUGUCUGUUUUCAACACACUGGAAAUGAAACUCUGCCACCAAUUAUCGAAAACAAAUGUGAAGGGGUAGCACAGUACGUAUGGAUUUACACAAAUAAAUCGUUUCAUGAUGGAGUUUUCCUGGAAAUCUGUGAAGUGCAGAUAUUUGGUUGUUCCUACCAGGAGAAUGGUGGAAAAUGUGUCCCUUGUGACCAGUGUAAGAAUGAUUGCAAAGAAAACGGGGAGUGUGAUGAACACGGUUGUAAGAUGGAUGGUUAUCUUCCUCCAUAUUGUAAAAAAUGCAAACGUAGACGCUUUGGUAAGGAUUGUAAUUCUACCUGUGGACAUUGUGCCAAUAAUAUACCGUGUGAUGACGUGACUGGUUCCUGUCCUGAUGGAAAUUGUUCACCUGGAUGGAAACACACAACAGACAGGAAAUGUGAUCAAAAAUGUGAUAACGGAUACUUUGGCAUGGAGUGCAGGUCUAAUUGCAGUGGACACUGUGCAGGAGGAAUACCUUGCAACAAAAUCAACGGAUAUUGUCUAGGAGGCUGUGCAGACGGAUGGAUAAAUUCCUACUGCAAUGGAACUUGCAAGGAAAACUUUUACGGCAGGAGCUGCAGUAUUCUUUGUGGACAUUGUGCGAACAGCGCAAAAUGUGAUCACGUGACAGGCUCUUGUCCUUCUGGACACUGUGAGCCAGGAUAUAAAUAUAAUGAAAAGAAAUGCGAUGAAGAGUGUGAUGACGGUACCUUUGGGUACCACUGUAGGGAAACUUGCAGUGGACAUUGUGCAGGAAAAGUGCCAUGUAAUAAAGCUAACGGUUAUUGCCCUGGAAGAUGUGCAGAUGGAUGGAUUAAUCUUUUCUGCAACGAAUCUUGCAAGAAUGGCUUCUACGGCAAGAACUGUAGUCUUCCUUGUGGACAUUGCUUAAACAACACAAAAUGUGAUCACGUGACAGGCUCCUGUCCUUCUGGACACUGUGAACUAGGAUGGAAGAAUACAUAUGGAAGAAAAUGCGAUGAAGAGUGUGAUAACGGUACCUUUGGGUACCACUGUAGGGAAACUUGCAGUGGACAUUGUGCAGGAAAAGUGCCAUGUAAUAAAGCUAACGGUUAUUGCCCUGGAAGAUGUGCAGAUGGAUGGAUUAAUCUUUUCUGCAACGAAUCCUGCAAAAGUAAAUCUUACGGAAAGAACUGCAGUUUUGCAUGUGGACAUUGUGAGUACAACGCAAAUUGUGAUCACGUGACAGGUUUCUGUCCUUCUGGACGCUGUGAACCAGGAUAUAAACAUAAUGAAAAGAAGUGCAAUGAAGAAUGUGAUGACGGUACCUUUGGGUAUUAUUGUAGGGAAAAUUGCAGUGGAAACUGUGCAGGGAAAGUACCGUGCAACAAAACUGACGGUACUUGUCCUGGAGGAUGCGCAGAUGGUUGGCAAAAUCCCGACUGCAAUGAAAAAUGUGAUGUGGAGUUUUAUGGCAAAGACUGCCAGGAAAACUGUGGUCACUGUGGUGGAUCCCAAACAUGUCAUCACAUCAACGGAUCCUGUUUCGGGUUAUGUAAACCUGGAUACCAGGGAGAAAAAUGCAAGAGAGAAUGUGAUAUGGGGUUUUAUGGCAAAGACUGCAAGGAAAAGUGUGGCCACUGUAGAGGUGUUGUGACCUGUCAUCACAUCAACGGAUCCUGUCACGGGUUAUGUGAAUCUGGAUACCAGGGAGACAAAUGUUACACUGUAUGUGACAAUGGAACAUUUGGAUUAUACUGCCGGUAUAACUGCAGUGGACACUGUUCAGGCGGAUCACCGUGUUCCAAAGUAGACGGGUUGUGUCUUAGAGGAUGUGACGAUGGAUGGAGAAAUUCUUAUUGCAAUGAAACAUGCGAAAAAGGUUUUUACGGAAGAAACUGUACCAUUCCCUGUGGACAAUGUGCCAAAUAUGCAACAUGUCAUCACGUGACAGGCUCCUGUCCUAACGGGUACUGUGAACCAGGAUGGCAAAAUACACCUCACAAAAGAUGCAAUAAAGAGUGCGAUAAUGGAACCUUCGGACACCACUGUAUGAAUAAUUGCAGUGGGCAUUGCAAAAGGGGAUUGCCGUGCAAAAAGGAUGACGGGAAUUGUAUUGAAGGGUGUGCAGAUGGAUGGACAAAUAAGAAGUGCAAUGAAACAUGCAGUAGGGGUUUUUAUGGCAAAGGUUGUCAAGAAAUAUGCGGUAAGUGUGGGGGAACUGACACAUGUCAUCACGUAAGUGGAUCGUGUCCAAGGUUUUGUGCACCUGGGUAUAAGACAGAAAAAUGUGAUAUAGAAUGUGACAACGGAACUUUUGGAUUCCGCUGCAAUUUUACCUGUACAGAAAGUUGUCUAUCUAUCUGCAAUAAGAUAAACGGAACAUGUGAUAAUUGUCAAUACGGAUUCGUCGGAGAGUUCUGCAAUAUUACAGUUGCAGAAGCCCAGGUACAGGACCUCACACCAGCUGCUGCAGGAGCCGGUGUUUUCUUGUUAAUACUCAUCAUAGCAAUCAUAGUUUUAGUGGUUGUCCUCGCCAGAAAAUCAAGAAAGAAAAAAGCAGAUGCCAUAGAGUUACCAGAGAGGAAAGAUUUGUCCAACAAUGAUUCGCAAGAAAAUAAUCCUGAAGACAAAGGCAACAAAACUGAGAACGGCUUACAUAGAGAGGAAAAUGCUGACAUUGAGUACAUUGCCACAGACAACAGUCAAAAGAAAACACUCAUCAAAAUAUCUGAUCUUGGAAAAAUAAUCAAAGCAUUUUCGCUGGAGGAAAAUAAGAAAUUCACCGAGGAAUUUAAGGGAAUACCGUAUGGAGAACAGCAACACAUUCCGUGCGCAGUGGCUAAACUACAACAAAACAUGCCGAGAAACAGAUACAAAACAACAUUCCCAUAUGACCAUUCCCGCGUGGUUCUGAAUGUUUGUCCCGAAAAUGAUUACAUCAAUGCUAAUUACAUCAAGGAUGUAGAAGGGAAACAACGUUAUAUUGCCACCCAAGGACCAAGGAAGAACACAGUACAAGAUUUUUGGGCGAUGAUUUGGCAAGAAAACAUCUAUGUUAUCGUCAUGGUCACUAAGUUGAUAGAGGGAUCAAAGAUUAAGUGUGAGCAGUAUUGGCCCGGACAAGGUGAUCAGAUGACGUCAGGACAAUUUUGUCUUCAGCUGAUGUCACAGAAGGACUAUGCAAACUACACACAGCGUGUCAUUAACAUUACAAAUAAAAAGACAAACGUUGUGAAGACAGUGAUUCAGGUUCAAUUCAUGGCUUGGCCCGACCAUGGAACUCCUUCGCCGAUAGAACUCCUCGUCUUUUAUCGUCAUGUCAUGCGCUUGAGGCAGAGGUAUCCCGAGAGCCUACUAGCUGUGCACUGCAGUGCUGGUAUAGGUCGGACAGGAACCUUUAUCGCUUUAGACGCCUUGUACAAACACGGACUGAAAGAGGGAAAUAUAGACGUGGUGGAAUACGUUAAAAUCAUGCGAGAAGAUCGUAUGAACAUGAUACAAAAUGCCGAUCAGUACGUUUUCUUGUACAAAGCUCUGUUUGAGAUUUUCAAGACCAAUGGAAGGUUGUUGAAGAAGGAACAGUUUAUUCAGGAAGUGACAUCACAGUUAAUGUCAGAUAAAGCUGCCAACGCCUCUCAAUUCAAGAAGGAAUUCAAUGAGCUGCUUUCAAUCAGACCAGAGAUAGACGUGAAAGACACAACAGAUGCCAGAGAGAACAUCAACCUCAAUAUGACAAAAACCGUUCUUCCAGCUGAAAGUGUUAGAGUGUUGCUGACGUCCUAUGUUCGUGGGCGGGGAAGCUACUACAACGCAGUGUCAAUUUCGUCCUACACACUAAGGGAAGGACUAAUUGCUGCACAGUAUCCAGUAGAGGGCGCCGGCGUCGAUUUAGUGCGCUUGCUCAUUGAUCACAACUGCUCUAUCCUGGUGUCUGUCAACCAACUCUCAGACAUUGCAUCUUCUUCAGAGUGGUUCACAACUUCACCUGAAAAAAGCAGCAUUUCUCCAUAUAAGACGAAGAUUAGUGCAGUUCAAAGCUUGUCAAACAAGCUCAAGAUGACCUUUCUCAAAAUGAAGCAUGACAAGGAUUCAGAAUGGCACAAUGUCAAAAUGUUGGAAAUUCUAAACUGGAAGGGUAAUGAAAAACUUCCGUCGGAAGAGGAAGUGCUUGUAGAAUUACUAAACAAAGUUCAGGAGAUUGUCAAGGAUCCGGAGACCAAAAUAGCAGUUUUGUCAAGAGAUGGUGCUACAGGUUGUGGGAUUUUCUGCGCUGUGUAUAACGCCAUACAACAGCUACAACAGGACAAUGAAGUGGACAUGUUUACCAUAAUCCGGCAGUUACAAAUGCGUAGACCGGAAAUGGUUUCUACUAUGUCCGAAUACCAGUGCUGCUGUCAAGUCGUAGCAAACUUCUUUACCGCGCAAAAGGAUGACAUUUAUGAAAAUGCUCAAGGACAACAGGGGGUCACGAAAACGGAGGAGAAUAUUUACGCCAAUACAAAUUCUUAAUAUCUCAUUUUAUGUAUAAUAGAUCGAAAAGUUAUGACGUUUAAUAUUUCAGUAUAUUCAAUAUUGUUUUAGUUAGUUAACUUAAAUUAUAUUGUUCUCAAAUUUAGUACAUGUACAUUUAAAUGUUUAUUUGAAUAUUAUAUGUACCGUGUGUAAAUUAU